UUUAUACUUGCAUAAGAUUUGUAUUCAAGACGACUUGAUGAAAUUGCGCAGUGUGCAUAAGCCUUUAAUGAAAUCGGGCCAUCUCUCAGAGAAGAGAGAGAACAUGUCAGUGUUGCGGUGACGCACAGGCUACAAGGUGCUGUGUCCAAACCCUUAUUGCGACAGUCCAAGUGGCUUUACUUCAUCAGCACUUGUUUUUCGUAGCAGCGGCUGGUCGAAGUGUUUGAGUAUGGCAGAAGGGGAGCAUAUAAAUGGCAUAUGGCUAGUGCGCUAUCGUAACCAUAUUUUACCUACCAUGGAAGUAUGGCCCGAAGGGUAUGGUUGGAAGAAAUGGUUUGACGAAGCCGAAACAAAAUUCAAAGCUCGCCCUGAUGACCUGUACAUCGCUUCUUUUCCGAAAUCGGGCCACCACUGGUCCUUUGAAUUUGUCAACAUGCUAUACCAGGGAAACGCACACAGUGUUAACAAGUCCAAGCUCAAUAAUUUCUUUGAAUUAAGAACCAUUAAAGAAAUUGAAGACAUGCCCUCCCCGAGAAUCCUUCUAACGCACCUGCCAUACGAUCUUAUGCCACGAGACAUAUUUGAGAAGAACUGUAAAAUCAUAUAUAUCAUGCGAAACCCUAAGGACGUGUGCGUCUCUCAGUUUCACCACGUUUCUGGAAUAGCGGAAUACAAGUAUGACGGCGAUUGGGAUCAUUUCUUCAAAGUUUUUCUGAAAGGAGAGGUGGAUUAUGGUCCAUGGUUUAAGCAUGUGAAGGAUUGGUGGAAACUGAGACAAGAAUAUGACCAUAUGAUGUAUGUACACUACGAAGAACUCAAAAAGUGUCUACCAGCGCAGAUCAAGAGGAUAGCAGAAUUCAUCAAUAAAACACACGACGAACAAAUGUACCUUAACAUCGCUAACGCAUGUACUUUCGAAGCUAUGAAGAAAAAUGCUCAAUUCAAAGAACUACCGGGAAUCUUCAAAACAAAGGAGGGAAGCUUUUUCAGAAAAGGUCAAGUUGGCGACUGGAAGAACACUUUCACUGUGGCACAGAAUGAAGAGUUUGAUAAAGCAUUUAAAAGAGAAAUGGAAGACUGCGACAUACAAUUUACAUUUGACUGAACAGUAACAAA